CGCCAUCAGUUCAUUUUCAACAGUCCUUUUCGUGAUUCGAAACGAGCAACACGUUCGUGUGAAUUUUACGGCCAGUCAAAGCACGUGCGUUCUCAACACGUGAUCGGAGAUUUUUUUCGAACGUUUUAUUACGAAAUGAAUUUAUUUUACGCAUGUAAAAAAUAAAAAUCAAAUAUAUAAAUUAUUUUAUCGUAAAAUUCAUUCAAUUAUAAUGAUACCCUGAAGCAGGGAUGUUGAUAAUAAAAUACGAAACAAGUGACGAGUUUCGCAAUUUCGUUUCAGUUUUUCAUUUCAUUUUUUUGAAAUGAUUUUUCGAAGAAUUUAUAAAUAUAGGGGUUUUCUGGACAAUUCGUUCAAGAGAGAAAAUCAUCACAAUCCAUAUCGGCAAUAAUGGAAUAUUUCUACCACGGUCUAAUGUUGAACGAAAUUCAGCUCUGCAUAAUUUUUUUAUUCGUUUGUUUCAACUUGAUUUCUGGAUAUCCUCCAGGAUUAAAUCAACCGCCAGAUUUUAUUCAACCUAUCGCCAAUCAAACUGUACCAUUGGGGAGAGAUGCUACAUUCACUUGCUUAGUUUUAAACCUCGGCGGAUACAGGAUUGGCUGGGUGAAAACAGAUUCUAAAGCUAUACAAGCAAUACAUGAUCACGUAAUUACACAUAAUCCAAGAGUUUGGGUAUCGAAUAACGAUCAAUCAACUUGGAAUCUUCAUAUAAAGAACGUUCAAGAAGAAGAUAGAGGUCAAUAUAUGUGUCAAAUUAAUACCGAUCCGAUGAAAAGUCAGAUCGGUUACUUAGACGUGGUGAUUCCUCCCGAUAUAGUAUACGAAGAAACUUCCAGUGAUAUGAUGGUACCAGAGGGUGGAUCAGUCAAACUGGUUUGCAAAGCUAGAGGUUACCCUAAGCCACAUAUAACGUGGCGUCGCGAAGAUAAUGAGGAAAUAAUAAAAAAAGAGGCAGGAGCAAAAGAAAGAGUAAACAUUCACGAAGGCGAAGUGUUGAAGUUGGUGCGAUUGAGUCGAACAGAAAUGGGAGCUUAUCUUUGUAUAGCAUCAAACGGAAUACCACCAUCAGUUAGCAAAAGGAUUACAAUCAGCGUCCACUUUCACCCAGUCAUUCAAGUUCCUAAUCAGCUUGUGGGAGCACCUUACGGUACCAAUGUUACGUUAGAAUGCUACGUUGAAGCGUAUCCCAAACCAAUUAUUUAUUGGGAUAGAGAAUCAGGUGGAAUGAUUGCUACAAAUGAAAAAUACGAAACAACCUACGAACACAGGUCACAAUUUGAAACUAAAAUGACCCUCGUGGUGAAGAAUUUCCAACCAAGUGACAUAGGCUCGUAUAAAUGCAACGCGAAAAAUUCUGUUGGAGAUGUAGAAAGCAGUAUCAGACUUUAUGAAAUUCCAGGUCCGACCAGACAUACAAAUUAUGUUUACGAAGAUGACGUAGACUAUUCAGACAAACACAAUAAUCGUAAAAACGAAGUUAUCAACGGUUAUUCGUACCAUCCAAAAAAUAAUGCCGCCAAUAAAGUGAACCAUUCGACGAAAUUUUCUCCCAAUAAUGGUUCAACGUUACACGACCAUGCAACCAUCAUAUUUGCUUUUUUGGCAAUGAAAUUUUCGUUGUUGUAACAACUAAAAUAUUUAUAAAACUGUGAUGAAUUUUAUUUUAAUGGUUUGCACCUUUUUUUUCGUCUAGCAUUCGUUUCAAAAAGUUUAAAGUUACAAUUUCAGCUUUGCUCGUAAGUUUGAAAAAUCUUCAUUUGUUUGAAACGUAUUUCGACCUUUAGUAAAAUGAGAAGAGAAAAAAGUAGAAAAUUUCGUCUGUUUGAUUUCACGAGAAAUUAAUAUCUAAACAAUAAUGUUUCAUGAUCUGUUUGUGUGUUUUAUUUUGUGGAACCUCAUCCAAACAAUUUUUCAUUCUUUAUCCGCGCGUUAAAUAUUUUUACUCUCGUAAAUCGUUGUUAAAUUUUUUAUAAAUUAAAUCCAUUACUUAAAUAAUUUUUAUACUCGUAAUAAUAUUUUUCUUUGCUUUUAACGAUG